UUCGUAUUACGGAAACCUAGGGAAUCACUGAUAAUAGCCUACAUAGGUUAUUCUUAGAUUGAGUGUAUUCCGAACAAUUUAUGAUCUCUCACUCAAUUUCUAAUUUAUCCUAAUUGGGGUGGUAAUCUUGGGGUCUAUCACCCAACUGGUGAACGCUUCGUCCCGCUGCUAUUAUCUUAUCCUCCCCCACUCCAUACAUCUCCCUUCUCAUAACCCACCCAUAUGCAGGAUUUCAGAUGUAAACAAAAACCAUUCCAUUUGCAGCGACUACCGCCAGAAUCCCACGCCCAACAACGCCCACUACCACCACUCUGAUUCCCUGACAGUGUGCUGUUUCCGUCCCUCGGCCUCGUUCUCCUCCAGUACGUCCGUUCCCGAUGCAUCCACACCCGCUGGACUCGUCCUCUGCGCCUUCCUCCACGGCCAUGAACAUCCACCAGUACAUCCAGGCCACGAACUUGAGCGACCACAGUCCUGAUUCCACGGCCCAGACGUCUGCUGUCGAGCCUGAAAAGACCCAGGACGCGUCUUUUCACUUUAUCAACGAAGGCAAUCCUGAACCGUCCCAGGCAGUUUUGGGAGAUCAAGACAGUCACCCACCGCAAAGCGACGAUCACUCCAUACGCCUCAACCAGCAGUUGGAGCAUUCCAGCAGCUCCAAUGACGCCAGCUUGCGUGCCGAGGCAGAGAUCCUAGCCCAGAAAUCACCUGAAAAGAUCAUCCAAGAGUCCGCGUACCAGAAGAAGCUUAAGUAUCGCCCCAACGUUGAGUUUCAGGCUGGUGCCGAAAACAAGUCCUACCCCACCCAGUCAGAGCCUGGCUCGCCACUUCAAUCCAUUCCCAACACCUUCAAGUACAAGUCACAUCCCAAUGCCAGAACAAAGUCUUUCAUCGGAGCAUCUGCCAACGAAUCAUUGAUCCAAGAAAGCCCCGAGCUCUUGCCUGUGGAACACGAGAAAGAAGACUAUACGCCCCCAAUCAGAACGUCUACCAUCAGGGACAACCCAGUACCGCCUCCAAUCACCGCUGCCGACUUCAACACCACCCCCGAUUGGAUGCCCACAGAAUUGGCUGAUAAGUGGGAGCCCCCAGCAAUCACCAAAAAGAAAGAUCAAGCGCCUGAAGCACCAAUUGAAGACUUGGGAUUGGAUUUUGCUUCUGGAAACACGAUGAUUCACAACUCCGAUUACAAAACAUCUGAAACGCCAAUGUGGAAGAAAGCUACCAAAGAGUACGAAAUCCAUAAACAAUCCCAGCCAAAUUUGCAAAACAUCUUUACUUCUAUGGAUUCACACGAAAGGAUUGACGUAAAAGAUAGUCAUCUUUCCAACAAGAAUGCCCACCACUCCAUUUCAUCUACCCUAUCUACACCCAUGGCUACCAUGUCGCAGCAUAAUAGUUUACCUCGCAACCACAACAACGAAGAACUUAAAGAGGUUCAAAACAUUUUGGAACAAGAAUCUAGACUGUCAUACAAAUUUCCAGGAAACCCCGAAUCCCCACUCAAACUAUUUCAUGAUGACUAUAAUACAUACACUAAGGAUAAACUCAACGGUCUACUACAAAGGAUGAACAACAAGUCCAACUUGCAAACACCUAUUCAAUUGGACACAAUUAAUGAAGAUAAUGAUAGACCAAAAUUGAACAUCAAAAAUUUCACCAAAACUGGCUCUUAUACUGAGCAACAGUUUUUACAGAAUGCUAAUAAUGUUUUCAAUAAUAUCCAGAAAAGGGGAUUUAUGGGAAAGUUUGAGAAUACUGCCAGAUCAAUUUCCAACUCUCACACCACUGCUACAUCCACUCCUAAAAACUUCAAAGCAGUGAACCGUGAAGAAUUACAGGAUGACGCAUACUCAUCAUUCACCUCUGCCUUUGGUGAAAGCUCUGAAAGUAACAUCCACCAGUACAAUACAGAUGAUGGUAUCAAUGGUACUGAUGGUGCAGUAAAUGAGUAUACCUCCUUCGAUCAUAGCAACAAGAAUUCCAACAACCGCAAUGUCGAUGAAACCAUAGACUAUCUUCCACGGUUGCCGUCUAUGAAUUUAGCAUCCAGAAAUCAAAAGAACCAUACAUAUAAUGAUAGCUCUUACACUUUUGAUGAAUUUUCAGAUGAUAAUGAAAAACCGGAACCUAUCCAGAAUUUUGAUUCCUUGUCAACUAAAAACAAUUUCAAUAAUAAUCCUGUGUAUGAAAGUUCAGAGGUUCACCCUUCUAAGCGUCAUAUCGAAGAUACAAUCAGCCAUCAGCCAUCCAUCCUCCAGAACUCCACUAAUAUUAUCGAAACGCAUGAUGAUUAUGAUAAAAUGCAAAAUUUUAUUAAGUGGAAAAGAGCUUCUCAGCUCAAGUUGCUGCAAUCUCCAAAACCACCAAAUAGCAUCAUCAAAGAUAAGAACGUCUAUGAUCAGUCAAUUUUGAAAGGAAGAGUAAAACCCGGAAUUGAUCUACCAGUUGCAUAUGAAAAUAUGGUCCUAGAUGUGAAAAAUCAAAGGUGGAUCGCGAAUGAUGAUAAGGAAAACUUCAGAGGAAGCUUAGACUCUAUCGAAGAUCUAGUUUCCCGUACCGAGGAACAAGAUUUUGAGGAUUCCAAAUCUUUCAAACACGAGGGAAAAUUGAAAUCCAGAGCAUCACUGAGUGGAAGAAGAGGAAAUAGCAAAUUGGAAGUCUCCUUCCAUUUGCCCCAUCUGGAUUUUGACAGAGUUACUGAUAAGAGUCCACUAUCAGAUGAUGUGACGCAGGUCUCACAAUUAGACGACAUUACCUUUACACAGACUCAAAAGAAGUUGGUAUCAGUCGUCACCGAAAUUCUCUCAUCAGGGGACACUUUUGAUGAUAUUUCGUGGAAUGAGGUGAGUGAAAUCAACCUAAGUGAGCAUCAAUUGGAUAGCAUCAAGGAUCUCAACAAGUUCUUGCCAAAACUCAAAAAGGUUGAUUUGUCGGGUAAUGAGAUAAAAUAUUUGGAUGGAUUGCCCAAAUCAAUUCAUAGCUUGAAUAUUUCAUCCAACAACAUUGAAAACAUCACUUCAUUUUAUCAAUAUCGUGAUUUACAGAGAUUGGAUGUAUCAUCUAAUAGGAUGUUGAAUUUGACAAACUUUGGCAAGAAUAUUCACCUCACUCACUUGAAUGUUGCAAACAACAAAUUGACUUCUUUAGAUGGAGUUAGCAACCUUGUAAAUUUGGCAAAGUUAAAUGUUUCCCAAAACUCUUUAAAGGGGCAUAUUGACUUCACAAAAGUGGGGUUACACAAUCUUCAAGAGCUCAACAUGUCAGAGAAUAGAAUUGAGUCAUUGGAUGGAUUAGAGAACUUGCUAUCCUUAAGGAUAUUGAAUCUAAAUGAAAAUGAGUUAAUCCAGGUUUCGUGUAAAGGAAAGCAUGAACACUUGAAGAAAUUACUAUUGAAGUUCAAUAGUUUAAGUGAGCUUGAUUUGAACCCAUACCCUCAUUUAAGAGUAUUGAGGUUGGAUGGAAAUAGCUUAGAACUGAUUACCGAUAUUAAAAAAUUGAGAUAUCUCGAGGAAAUCUCUUGCAAGUCACAGAAUAGCCCCACGGUACUCAAGCAAUUAUUUACAGGUUCAAGUGAAGUACACGUGCUUGACUUAUCUGGUAACUCGAACUUCAACUUGUUCCACCCAACCACAGUGGGAAAGCAGUUGAGAUCAAGUCCAUUUUUAAAUGUGAAUCGGUUGGUUCUUUCAGCAAUGAACUUAACGAAAAUUCCUGACACGAUGGCUGAUUUAUUUCCUAAUGUGAGGGAGCUCAACUUAAAUUUCAACAAGCUUAAGAACAUUGUGGGUUUGUCAAAGUUCCAGUACUUGAAAAAGCUUUACAUGGUGAGUAAUAAUAUUAACAAAACUGAGAUUCUUGUCACAGGUCUAAUCGGAUCUCGCAGAUCUCUCAAAGUAUUGGAUUUGAGACUUAACCCUUGCAAUAUUGAGCUAUAUCCAUAUGUGUUCAACCCCCAAGAAUUGGAGUAUGCCAAUUUGCACAGCACUGACAACAUUAGUCCCAUUCAAUUGGAGACAUUGGAUGAUAUUGAAAGUUUUGCAAUCCAUUAUCAAUCCCUUAGCAAAGGCGUAGAUGAUUGGACCGAAAGAGACACCAAGUUCAUUAAUAAAUUGACCCAUGAAUCCAACAGCAAGGUGAGACAGAGAUUGAACUACGAGACUCUCCUAAUCAAUUUUUUCAAGAGCUUGGUGAGAUUGGAUGGGGGUCUUAUCAAUAAAGAGAAGAGAAUCAUGUUCAGCAGAAGAUUGCUUACAGAAAAUAACUCCCACCUUCAUUCUGCUUGA